UAAAAUAUGAGAGUCAAAGCAAUAUACAGUAUUAAAACACUUUUGAUUUUUUUGUUGGUUGUGUUAGUGACAAAUAAAACAACAUUUGAUUAAAACAGUAUUUAUUGUAUAUUAUAUAUCACACAUAUUUUGAUAGACAUUUGUAUUUUAAUAUUAUUAAUAUGAUUAUAGAAACAUAACAUAAAACACACAAUAAAUCAAUUAAUUAUAGUUUUAAUUAUUACUAAAUUAUUAUACAGUAUAUUGUUUUAUACAUUUGUUUUUUGUUUUUAUUUCUGUUUAUAAUUAGUGUAAUAAAUGUUUUCACAUCCAAUUUGGUUGCAUAUUGUUAUGUCAAACGUCUAGUCAUUAUUGUAUUUACAAUCAGAGGAAGAAAAAAACAGUUGUGUUGUGUUGUUGUGACCAUAGAUCUGGUGGUGUCAUCACUGAAGACUUAAGUAGAAGAAGAAGAAGAACAAGUGUUUAACAACACUUAAGAAGAAGAGAUGGCAAGUGAUCAGUCGUUUAGCUAUCGUUUGGUUAAAAUAGCAUUAAUACUAUUGAAUGCAUUGGUCAUCAUUGGUCUGACACUAAGUCUACUAUUGAUGGGCCAUCAUAUGGAUCCACCGGUUGUCAUAUUUGUCCUUAUUAUCGAAUCUAAUUUUGUGGCCGCUAUUGUCGGUGCCAUACGCGAGUCGCGGCCACUAGUGUUGACCACCGGAUCUGUAACACUGAUAAUGCUUUUGUUGGCCUCAUUUGGUCGGACAGAUAGGUCACAGAACGCGACGUUUUCGAUGCUCUACUUUCUGGCCAUUGUUAUGCUUUCGUAUGCCUUCUCAGCGAUGCUUAAAGACAGACAAAACUAUGGCCGCCGAUCGGCCGGUCAGCAGCGCGGAGUCAGAACACAAAUAACAGGUGCCGCCGACAACCAGUCAAGAGAUUCCUCGCCAUUUGCAGCUGUGGUUGUCUAUCAUCCGCCACCAACGGUUGGACACUUGGCACUCCCGAUGUCAACUUCGCAAUCGACAAGUCAAGAGUUAAGCAAUAUUAUGAAAGACCCGCCGCCACCCUAUGAUGACUGUCCGCCACCAAAAUAUGAAGACAUUACUAAUAAUCAUAAACCCGUUUAAACUAUUGUCAAUACUUUACUAUAAAAAAUCUUUUUUUCGUAUAUUUUUGAUUGACAAACAAACAAAAAUAUUGUUUCAUAAAUUUUGUUAAACCAGUUAUGUUUGUAUAUGCGAGCUAAUUGUCUACUAAACAUUGUUUGUGUUAGUUGUUUAUUAAUUUA